AUGAACGGAGUGGUGAAAAUCUGUUCAGAGGAUGACCGUGGCACAGUCCUUCUCUCCCCUCUCCACCUUCCGAGCACGAUGAUGAAUACAGACGCUCUCAACGCGUUUGUUGACUUGGCUUGCUGCGCGUUUGAACAACCGCCCGAGGGCGGUUCCGACUUUUUCAAGAGCAAAUCAAUGAAAAGAUCCUCCUUCGGGCUGGUGGGUUUCCGUGACUUCCCUUAUCCUAAGAGCUGGUUCUCCUCCAAAAAGCUGGGGGGUAUGGAGAGAAUUCAGGAAGAGGCAAAAAAAUAUGAAUGCCAGGAAUGUGGGAAAAGGUUCAUUUGGAGUGACAACCUGACUUCCCAUCAAAGAAUUCAUGUAGGGGAGAAACCAUAUAAACAUCUGGAGGAUGGAAACAGCUUGAGUCAGCUUGGAAGACUCACUUCCCAUCAGAAAAUUCACACAAGGGGAAAACCAUAUGAAUACCUCCUGUGGUGGGAAAGCUUCAAGCAGGAUGGAAGAGUUAUGCAUCAUCAGAGAAUUCAAACAGGGGAGAAACCUUAUAAAUGCCAUGAAUGUGGGAAAAGGUUCAAACAGAGUGGAAGCCUUCUGUAUCAUCAGAGAAUUCACACCGGGGAAAAACCAUAUAAAUGCCUGGAGUGUGGAAACUGCUUUACUAGUGUACAAAGCCUUGCUUACCAUGAAAGAAUUCAUACAGGAGAGAAACCAUAUAAUUGUCUGGAGUGUGGUAAAAGCUUUCGACGGAAGGAUACUCUAACUUCCCAUCAAAGAAUUCACACAGGGGAGAACCCAAAUAAAUGCCUGGAGUGUGGAAAGUGCUUUACUAGCAAACAAAGCCUUGCUUACCAUAAAAGAAUUCAUACAGGGGAGAAACCAUAUAUAUGUCUGGAGUGUGGGAAAAGGUUUAGACGGAAGAAUAUAUUAACUUUCCAUCAAAGAAUUCACACAGGGGAGAAACCAUACAAAUGCCUAGCGUGUGGGAAAAGUUUUAGUAGCAAAGGAAGCCUUACUUACCAUGAAAGGAUUCAUACAGGGGAGAAACUAUAUAAAUGUCUGGAGUGUGAAAAAAGUUUUAGAAGCAAAAAAGGCAUUACUUACCAUCAAAGAAUUCAUGCAGGGGAGAAACCAUAUCAGUGUCUGGAAUGUGGGAAAAGCUUUCGACAGAAGAAUAUAUUGACUAUCCAUCAAAGAAUUCACUCAGGGCAGAAUCCAUAUAAAUGCCAGGAGUGUGGAAACUGCUUCACUAGCAAACGAAGCCUUAGUUACCAUGAAAGUAUUCAUACAGGGGAGAAACCAUAUAAAUGUCUGGAGUGUGGGAAUAGUUUUUCAAGGAAGGAUACACUAACUUUCCAUCAAAGAAUUCACACAGGGGAGAAACCAUAUAAAUGCCUGGAGUGUGGAAAAACCUUUAGUAGGAAACGAAGCUUCAUUUACCAUGGAAAAAUUCAUAGAGGGGAGAAACCAUAUACAUGCCUGGAGUGUGGGAAAAGCUUUCGACAGAAAAAUAUAUUAACUUUCCAUCAAAGAAUUCACACAGGUGAGAACCAAUAUAAAUGUUUGGAGUGUGGAAACUGCUUUACUAGCAAACAAAGCCUUACUUGCCAUGAAAGAAUUCAUACAGGGGAAAAACCAUAUAAAUGUCUGGAGUGUGGGAAAAGUUUUCCACGGAGGAAUACUCUAACUUUCCAUCAAAGAAUCCACACAGGAGAGAAACCAUUUAAAUGCUUGCAGUGUGAGAAAAGCUUUCGAUGCAAGGAUCAGUUAACUUCCCAUCAAAGAAUUCAUACAGGGGAGAAACCAUAUAAAUGCCUGGAGUGUGGAAAAUGCUUUAGUAGCAAAGGAAGCCUUUCUUACCAUGAACGAAUUCAUACAGGGGAAAAACCAUAUAAAUGUCUGGCAUGUGGGAAAGGUUUUCGACAGAAGAGUAUAUUAACUUCCCAUCAAAGAAUUCAUACAGGAACAAACCCAUAUACAUGCCUGGAGUGUGGAAAAAGCUUUAGUAGCAAAGGAGGUCUUACUUACCACGAAAGAAUUCAUACUGGGGAGAAACCGUUUAAAUGCCUGGAGUGCGGAAAAAGCUUUCUGUGCAAGGAUAAGUUAACUACCCAUCAAAGAAUCCACACAGGGGAGAAACCAUAUAAAUGUUUGGAGUGUGGGAAAGGCUUUAGUUGCAAAGGAAGCCUUAUUUACCAUGAAAGAAUUCAUAGAGGGGAGAAACCAUAUACAUGUCUGGAGUGUGGAAAAAGCUUUCGACAGAAUAUAUUAACUUCCCAUCAAAGAAUUCACACAGUUGGGAACCCAUAUAAAUGUCUGGAGUGUGAAAUGUGCUUUAGUAGCAAAGUAAGCCUUAAUUGCCAUGAAAGAAUUCAUACAGGUGAAAAACCAUAUAAAUGCCUAGAGUGUGGAAACAGCUUUCCACGAAAGGAUACACUAACCCUCCAUCAAAGAAUUCACACAGGAGAGAAACCAUAUAAAUGCCUGCAAUGUGGAAAAAGCUUUAGAAGCAAAGGAAGCCUUACUUACCAUGAUAGAAUUCAUACAGGGGAGAAACCAUAUAAAUGUUUGGAGUGUGGGGAAAGUUUUCGAGAUAAGUGUAUGUUAACUGUCCAUCAAAUAAUUCACACAGGUGAGAGCCCAUAUAAAUGUCUGGAAUGUGGAAAUUGCUUUACUAGCAAACAAAGCCUUAUUUACCAUGAAAGAAUUCAUACAGGCGAGAGACCAUAUAAAUGUCUAGAGUGUGGAAAAACCUUUCCAAGGAAGGAUACUCUAACUUUCCAUCAAAGAAUUCACACAGGGGAGAAACCAUAUGCAUGCGUGGAAUGUGGAAAAAGCUUUAGUCAGAGUAACCACCUUGUUCGCCAUCAAAGAAAUCACACAGGGGAGAAACCGUAUGAAUGCCUGGAGUGUGGAAAGUGCUUUAGUAGCAAUGGAAGCCUUACUUACCAUGAAGGAAUUCACAGAGGGUUGAAACCAUAUAACUGCCUGGUAUGUGGAAAGGGUCUUCGUAGCAAAGGAGGCCUUACCUACCACGAAAGAAUUCAUACAGGGGAGAAGCCAUACAAAUGCCUGAAGUGUGGCAAAAAUUUUAGACGGAAGGAUACACUAAGUUCACAUCAAAGAAUUCACACUGAGGCGAAAGCAUAG